AUGCCUAGCGCUCAGCAUCCGCAAGCGAAGUUCGAUCCGAUACCCCCAGAUCUUGAUCUACACUCCUUGGUAGACCACACACCAAAUUUCCGAUGGGCUCAGCGAGUAUCUCGAUCCCAAAUCCGCAGCCUGGGCCAGCAAGACUUCGAGAAGCUCGUUGCGAUACAUGUCAUAGCUGGUGGCAAGCCUCUCGUUAUUGAAGGAUGGGAUGCUGCUCUGCCCUCCUCGCUUUUCAGUGCGGGAUGGCUUGAGAAUGCCUAUGAUAAAAAACAGGAAAAUGUCCGUGACAUAUCCAACUCCUCUGACAUCCCCAUGACCACUGGGCACUAUCUACGGUCUAUGAAACAGCUCACCAAUCAGUGGACGCCUAAUACGUAUCGCGACGAGCGUCGACAACGACUCUAUCUUAAAGAUAUUGAUUGUCCAGUGGAGUGGCGUGACAUGUUGCAAAAGAUUAUACAUCCCAACCUCUUCUAUCUCAACGAAAAUGUCACCAGUAAAGGAGGUAAAAGGAUGCAUAACGAAGAAGCGUUUGAGAGUGAAACUACCGCAGCCCCGGCCGGAGAUCUCAUGUCCAGUUUACCCGAGGAAAUGCGAGCGCAAAAUCUCAUGUGCUACAUAGGUCAUGAAGGGACCUACACACCAGCUCACCGGGAGAUGUGCGCAUCGCUGGGGCAGAAUAUCAUGGUCGAAGCUUCUCGAGAUGAAAAUGGGGAGAAAAAAGGGAGCUCAGUUUGGUUCAUGACUGAGAGCAAAGACCGUGAAGUGGUUCGAGAAUACUUCCUGUCGAUGCUUGGUCAUGAUAUUGAGAUUGAGAAGCACUUCGCGCAGAUUAAUGCUUGGAAGAAGGCCCCAUUCGAUGUGUACAUUGUGGAGCAAUGUGUGGGCGAUUUCAUUCUCAUCCCACCUCUCGCAGCACACCAAGUCUGGAACAGAGGAACCAGGACGAUGAAGGUCGCUUGGAACCGCACUACAGUGGAGACAUUGGAGCUCGCAUUACACGAAGCGUUGCCCAAAGCUCGCUUGGUGUGUCGGGAUGAGCAGUAUAAAAAUAAAGCCAUCAUAUACUACACCCUCCAGAAAUACCAUGCGGAGCUCCGAAGCAUUGAAAAGAAAGCAGAGAUGGUGCAGAUGGACUUCAUGGGCUUUGGGCGAGAUGUUUUUAGAAGCUCUCCGCGUGUGAAGCAGUUGGCGGCUGACUUCAAAAAACUAUUCCAGCUGUUUACCAAAGUUCUUGUCGACGAGGUCUUUGCGUUCAAAGAGAAGGACAUCGAGUAUCUACCUUUCGACUCUUGUGUUACUUGCUCCUACUGCAGGUCCAACAUUUUCAAUCGGUUUCUUACCUGCAAGCAUUGUAUCAGACCUCUAAUCAAUGGAGAAGAAGAUGCAUAUGACGUUUGCAUGGAAUGCUACGCAAUGGGACGAUCCUGCGCCUGCCUCUCUGGCCUUCAGUGGUGUGAGCAGUGGUCGUGGUCAGAACUGACUGAUAACUACGAAGCUUGGAAAGCAACAGUCAUCGCCAUUGAUGGCCACGUUGAUUUAGAAUCCUCUCCUUACCCGCUUGAGGUAGCUAGGCAGAGAGCAGGAAAGAAAUCUCUCGCUCAGAUUUGCCAAGAAGCUCUACGGCGUCGUCCUUGGAAAGACAUUACUAAGCCAGAGCGAGAAAAGACACCAAGUGACUCUGAGCAGGGUGAUGCCGACGAUAAACCAAAUAAAAAGUCAAGAAGAAAGAAGAAGAAAGGGGAAGUCCACCGAUGUCAUGUCUGCUGUCAUCCGGAUUACAGCUAUCGGGUACAUCUAUGCACGAACCCUGGUUGCUCCGAAGCCUACUGCUACGGCGUUUUAUACCGGGCAUUCGAUCUCAUGCCACAAACUGUUUUAGAAGACGAACAUUGGCAGUGUCCCAAAUGCCUCGGGAUAUGUAACUGUGGCCACUGCCGCCGCACAGGCACUACGCAGCCAUACAUGCCAAAGAACACAUCUCUUGGACAUGAUACUCGCCGGAUCGCCGAUGACCGCAGCGUAGAAGCAUUAGUUGAUUUCCGAAUUCAUAACCUGUCAUGGUUGAAAGCCGCAGGGGAAGAAAGCCGCAGUAAAAACAGCAAGAGAAUGCAACUGCUACGGGAACAAGCAGACAACGCCAAAGCACAAGAUGCACUGACACACGCUCAAGCAGAGGCAGAGCCUAGGGUGCAAUCCAGCGCUGUUUUCACCGCACAGGCAACAGAAACUUCUGCAAUCAAUGGCUAUGGAGACCAAAGCCAAGUGCUGGGUCGAGAUGGAGGAACUUCGACAGAUUAUUCGUUUGAUGUGGUCAAUAACCACACUAUUAACGUCGACGACGUGCCGCAAAAUGAUGCGGCCGCUCCCGCAGCCAAUGUCAGAGAGCGAGAGGAUGUGGAUUCAUCCCAGUAUCCUGAUCCAUCAGUGUUCGCACGCCAGCGUAUAGGAAUGGGUUACUAUGAACAGGAUGACACUCCGGAUAAAAUUCUUUUUGAUCCAUACCAAGCGCCUUCCGCGGAUUCAAUGGAAGCUGAUGAGCCAACUAUUCCAGAAUUUGUAAAGAAAACUAUUCGGGCAGCGAAGAGGAAGGCAAAGCGGGAGAUUGAAGAUCCCGAGUUCACCAUUCGUAAAAGUCACCACAAAAGACCCAAGCUCACGGCAGAGCCAUCCGAUUUUCUUGACAACAUGGAUCCAGCUCUUUUUGUAGAUGGGGGCUCGGCAGCAACAGUCAAGCAAACAACUGCCACUUCUCUCUUAGAUGGUGAUGCUUCUGCCAAAUCGUCAGCGGUUCAUCAUGAAGAGCCGGAUAUAGUACCGGAGAUAUCUUCGCCUCGACCUUUUGACAUCAAUGAGCCAACUCUUCGACAUGCCAAGCCACGAGCAUCGUAUGUAGAGGUUGAUGAUCUGGAUAUAGACGAAUUAGAGGAAACCGAAGCGGCUUCUUUGCCGUCUCCGAAAGCGUUGAUGAGCUCAGCGACGGUCGACGGUUCAUUAGCCGUGCAAACGACCGAGAAGGAACUGGAAUCGAGCAAACCCGAAGUUCAACACCCGGAUGGAGCAUUUCAGGAGACGGUCGGGGAUGUGAUUCCAAAGAAACGCGGUCGACCCCCAAGGAAUAUGCAAAAGACAGCAUCGCCAGUGACUACAGAGAUUAUGCCGCCGCCGCCGCCACCACCACAACUUGAUGGCGGGAGGAACAGACGAAGGCGGGGUCGUCCAAAGAAGUCGCUGUCUACGCUAGAAUUACUCGAAGAGGACUUGGCAGCAUCUCAUGAUAAAGAAACUCGUGGAACGGAAUCUCUAGCAGUGCAGGAAACGUCCCAUGAUGGAGAUACCCGUCCCAUUGAGGGUUCCCAGCCACGACGUAGGCUUUCCAGGCCUACAGGCGUCACCACCAUUGCUGCUCACGUUCCUCGGGAGGAUCAGCAUCUUACCAUAACUGAUGAAGUUUUGACCGAGGAUGAAGCAGUAGAUCAAGUACCGAAAAAGAAGAGAGGUCGGCCCCGAAAAUCUGACGUUUCUACUCGAGGUAGAUCCUCGCUGAAUGUGGUCUUGCCGAUGAAUACUCGAUUUAUGUCUAUGGCCGAACGGAUGGCUCUUAAAGGGAAGUCAUUCAAAAUUGGCACACGGAAAUCACGGAAUGUCUCCAAGGCGGAGCAAAACAAGGAACACCUCACCGAGUCUAAGACAUCGAAAAGGAGCUCUCAAGUAGCAGACGCUUCUGAAGAAGACGAAGGGGAGGGCAACAGUGACCAAGGGCGCACUGGCAGAAGCAUCAAGCUCACUGAGACGAUGAUGCGUUCUCGGUCCAGCAGCUCCAAGGAAUCUACAGAUGACGAAGAUAUACCAUCGAACGGGCGUGCAGUUAAACGUAUUGGGCGGUGA